GCAGGUCUGCUAGUUUUGGGCUGUAACUCUGCUUCGUCGUUUCGGUUUAAUAAGCCCAAAAACGUAGUUAGGAAAUAGCUGUAUAACUUACCACUGGUUAUCACCUCUUAAUUAAAGAGGUGGACUGUUGGAAUGCCAUUUAAAGACUGUUUCGAUCGAUAUUGAUGGCAUAAAUAUCGUGAAUUUCGCAGCCUGUCACCUGUCUAUGCUAACUGCACUGCCUCAGCUUGGCCAUGUCUCACAGUACAUACAGUAAGCUAUGGGGCGAGGCCCAUGAGGAGCUGAGCAGCCUGCUGACCCAAGAGUUACCUGUAGAGCCGCUACAGCCGGAGAGAGACAGAGUGGUCUUCUUCCAGCGGCUGGCCACCCUCUACGUGCGCUACAUCCAGAUCUUCAGGCAGCUGGAAGAGGCAUAUGACCAGGUCGUUCAGCCUCAGAAGAGGAGACUCAUCAGAGAGGUUCUGGAUGGUGUUAUGGGUCGCGUGCUGGAGCUCAAGAAUGAGAUGGUGGAGAAGGAAUUCUCAGAGUACCACUACAUGGAUGAUGUCAUCCAGGAUUUGAAGCUAAUGCCUGAGGACCUUGAGAUUCCAAUUCCAAGGUAUUUCAUCAGGGAACGGAGCAAAGUGCUUAGAGACCGAAGCAAAAUGCUCUCCAACAUACUGGACCUGAUGGGAGUGGUGGAGAAACCAAAACCUGCUGGAGAGCGAACCCUGAGUGCGGAGGAGGCCAUUAGGAUUAUUCAGGUGACGGAAAGGGCUCGGCAGGGUCGCCUAAGGGCAAAGUUCAUGCGGGAGAUCCAGAGGGAUCAGGAGAGGCAGCGAAAGUCUAAGGACAGGGACCUCGGGGCAUCUACCAUGGACCAGGCUGCAGUUUGCAUCCAAAAGGUCUGGAAAGGUUUCUUGCAGAGGAAGAGAACAAAGCAGGAGCGCGAAGAGGAGAUGAUCUUUCUGGGCAUGGCUAUGGACCAAAACCUCCCCCAGUUUUGUCCGGCUGCUGCGGUUUCGGAGGCCACCAAGACGUGCAGGAGGACUAAGCAGGAGGAGCAUGAGGAAGACUACCAGAAAUCCCUUAUCUCCAUCACCAACAGCCUCCGAGAGCUGGAGGGCCCCAACAUGAGGGAGACUAUGAAGGAUCAGAUACGGCAGUGGUUCAUUGAGUGCCAUGAUGCAACAGGUUCCUUUCCUGACUACCCAGAAGAGGAAGACGGUGGUUCUGCACUCAUUUUUGCGGAUAAAACACCUGAGCAGCUAAUGGAAGAGUUGGCAGCUAAAGAAGAGGAGGAAGCCAACAAAAAGCCAAAAGGCAAGGAAGAGACUAAAGACAAAGGGAAGAAAGAGAAAGCAAAAGGAGGAGAGGAGGAAGAAGAGCCUGGACUGAAGAUGCUGCCAUCUGCUUUUCUAUCAGAGCUACAGAAAGGGCAGAAAACAUUUACCGAUGUUUGGCAAAACAGAGAUGAAUCCAAGAACUUUAACCAGAGACAUGAAGCAGAACUCAUAAAAGAGGAGAAGAGGAAGGAGAUAGAGGCAGAAAUAAGACUUCAGGUGGAUGAGCUGAUGAGGCAGGAGCUUGCUAACUGGAAGCUGGCGGUGGACGGAGACAAAGGCGGGAAGGCCAAGGCCACAGUAAAGAAAAAGAAGGGAUCCAAAAGUGGAAAGAAGAAAAAGAAAGACAAAGACCUCACAGCAGACAGGACCAUCGAGUCGCUGUAUGAAGAGCUGGUGGAGCAAGGGCUGUUAAAACCAGCAGAUAAUGUUAAACUACAAGACUACAUAGGGGACUAUAGCUACCUUGGCACGACCCUUCGGCAGACGGACAUAGAGCCCAUGCCUUCCCUAUCCGAUGUACGGCAGGUUACAGCUCUUUAUGCUGUCUUACCUCUAGGAUCUCAGGUGGUCCAUGAGAAGGCCCCUCUGGUGAAGGCCAUCCUACUGGUGGGGCCUUCAGGAGUGGGGAAGAAGAUGUUAGUCCAUGCUAUCUGUCAGGAGACAGGAGCCAACCUCUUCGAUCUUUCCCCUUUAAACCUGGUGGGGAAGUACCCAGGCAAGAGCGGCCUGCAGAUGAUGCUUCACCUGGUGUUUAAGGUUGCCAGAUUAAUGCAGCCGUCUGUGGUGUGGAUCGGGGAUGCCGAAAAAAUGUUUUACAAAAAAGUACCAAAAGAGGAGAAAGAGCUAGAUCCUAAGCGACUAAAGAAAGACUUGCCAAAGAUCCUUAAAAGUAUUAAAGGUGAAGACCGUGUUCUAAUCAUCGGAACGACAAACAGUCCACUCAAUGCAGACCUGAAAUCACUAUGCAAGCUUUACACCAAGAUCAUCCUCAUACCACGACCAGACUACGCCUCAAGAUACAUCAUGUGGAAGCAGCUGAUACAGCGUAAUGGUGGAGUGGUGACCAGCGCUCUGGACCUCAGCUCCUUGGCCAAGAUCUCAGAUGGCUACACGCAGGGUCAAAUGGUGCGAGUGGUGCGAGGCAUCCUGACUGAGCGGCGCAUGCAGCAGCUGGCUAAACGACCACUAGUCUCAGCCGAGUUUGUCGCUCAUCUGGCCAGGACCGACCCCGUGUUCCAGGAUGAAGAGGAGGCCCUCAAAGCCUGGUACGCUAAGACUCCUCUCGGGAGGAAGAGAGUCAAAGCUGCCUCGGGGAAGGAUGAGGAAGAAGCUCCAGCGAAAGGAGGCAAAGAUGCCAAGAAGAAAGGAAAGAAGUAACUCAAACUCACUGUUCAACCAGCGACGGUGUCGCGUUCUUUGGCUCUUGAAAAUAAAUCCAUGCUCAGGUCUGGAGGGACGCAGUAUAUUUUUGAUGUCCUGCCAAGGUUGUUUAUAU